UUUAGAAUUUAGCGAAACAACAGAUUGGUGCUCGAUGUCGAGGUCAUGUCGAAAUUAUUUACAAGGACGUGGCAGACGUUCCGCGUAUCCACUUCCAAUUUUUUAAGUUUCCUUUCCAACAUUUUUCUUUACUUUCAUUUAUUAUUAUUUUUAUAAUAAUUUUCAUUGAAUUUCAAAUAUUUGGAGAAAAAGUGAAAGUGAAAUAUUUGUGAACAUUUAUUUUAAAUUAAAUGUUAUUUUUCUUUUUAAUAUUCCACUUCUUCAGAUAAAAACACGAGGUAUAAUCCCUCGCAGUUUACUCAUACCAAACCCUUCUUCGUUCAGAUUCUAAUCUUAGCAGACUCCGACAACUCUACUCGAGAUCAGUAUAAAUUUGUUCUUUGCACGUUGAUUCAUUUUUGUUAUGAAGUAACCAAAAAAAGAAAUUUUGAAUAACAAUUAAAAAUUUUAAGUAUUUUUAUCUAAAGUGAAAAAAAGUGAAUUUUGCUAUAAAAAAUUUCAAUAUAAACUGAGGCACUUAAUUGCUCAAGAAAGACUUAUUUAACAAAAGGAAGGAACAUAUUGUUUUAAAGGAUACCGGAUAUUAUUGGUCGAAAGAAAAUUUAAAAAAUGGCCUACAGUUGGGAUAAUCGAGUUAAUUUUAUAGUCAAAUUUCUUUACGAUAUUGAUAAUAAUGGAGUAUUGGAGCAACAUGAUUUUGAAUGUAUGGCUUUAAAAAUGACUCUUAUUGAAGGAAAAGGAGAAUUUCAUUAUAAUCGUUAUCAAGAAAAUUUGCAUAUAAUGCUUUCACUUUGGGAAGAAAUUGCCGAACUUGCAGAUUUUAAUAAGGAUGGAAUUGUGACGACUGAGGAAUUUAAAAAAGCUGUACAAAUGAGUUGCGUUGGACGUUCAUAUCGUGAAUUUCCACAGUCAAUGAAAAUGUUUAUUGACAGUCAUUUUAAAUUAGUUGAUUUGAAUGAUGACGGUGUAAUUGCUGCCGAUGAAUUUCGUUAUAAUUGUGUAUCAAGAAUUCCUGUGGACAAUGUUGACAUUCUUGACGAAUCAUAUCAAAAUCUUUUAAAUGACGACGAUAGAAGAAGAGGUGGAUUAACUUUAUCACGAUACCAAGAAUUGUAUGCACAAUUUUUGGGUAAUCCUGAUGAAAAUUGUCAAGCGGUUCAUCUUUUUGGUCCUCUUCAUGAAUUAUGUUGAGUUUAUUUUUUUGUUUAUAAAUAUAUAAAUAAUAUACAUAAUGCGAAUGUACAAAAGACAAAUACACAACCAUUAUCAAAAAUCAGUUUCCAUCAAAAAAAUAAAUUGAUAUAUUUUAGCUAAAUAAUGUUGUUUUGU